AUGAGCUGGGCCGAGUACACUCUAGCUUCUUACGACGAAUCCAAAGACGACAAUCCAGUCGUGGUCCUGGGUCACGGCUUCGGCUGCGACUCCACCUGCUGGCACAACCUGAAACCAUUGCUGUUGAGACGAGGUUACGGAGUCCUCACGUACGACCUGCCCUAUGCCCGAACGUCUCAGAGCGGCGCUUUCACGGAGUCUCCGAACCGAAGAAAGACAUUUCGGACGAUCUUUGAAAAAUUUCUCUCCGCACUAACGGCCUCACCGAGGGUGAGGACUCCUCUUGGUGCAAAAUCUUUUGAUUUUCAACGCUACUCUACACUAGGAGCCUAUUCGGACGACCUGAUAUGUCUCUUGGACGAGCUCCGAGUCUCGGAAUGCAUUUUCGUCGGACACUCGGUCUCCGGUAUGAUCGGGCUCUCUGCCAGCAUCAAGAGGUCCGAUCUGUUCCGGAGAGUGAUCAUGCUAGCCUCUUCGCCGCGAUACAUCGAUGACCCCUCUACGGACUACGUCGGAGGUUUCCAAGAAGAGCAAGUGCGAGAGCUUUUAAACAACGUCGAGCAUCAUUACGAGGAUUGGGUCGCUGGUUUCGCUUCGCUAGCCGUAGAAGAGCCCAACGACGCGGCCGUCAAGCAGUUCACGAGCAGCCUACUCGAAGUGCGUCCGGACGUAGCGUUGGCGACGUGCAAGACCAUUUUCCUGAUGGACCUCCGAGAGAUGUUGCCAGAGGUCACCAGGGCACAGAGGGUUCUCGGUACGACGUCCACGACCCUCCAGAUGCUCGCCCGUCUGAGAUGGGAUAGGAAUAGGAGAGGAUUGGGAAGGUGGAUGCGCGAGACAUCCGAGAGGAUGGGCCCUCUCUUCGUGAAGGUCAUGCAGUUCGUCUCCGUGCGCGGAGAGGGCUUGGACCCGGAGAUCUUAGAAGAGCUGGUCAAGCUGCAGGACUCCGUGACGCCGUUCGAUUGCAGCGUCUACGAAGAUUUGCUGUCUAGCUACGGCGUGCCCGGGGGCGCCGCUCCUAUCGCUUGUGGCUCGGUGGCAGCGGUCUACAGAGGCUCGAUGAGGGACGGGAGGGAGGUGGCGAUCAAGGUCGUGAGACCCGAUC